GUUUACUGUUAACUUGGCAAUACAAAUAUGUGGUGUGUCAAAAUUGCCAAAUUCCUAUAAUUAAAUAGAAUAAAAAUGUGAAUUGUUAUUUUUAGCUUAUUUAUCACAAAUUCUUGAAAUGAUUUCUCCUUAACGAGCAUCGAAAAUGACUACCAGAAAUCCUACAACAUUAAUGUCAAUACCAAAUGAAGAAGCAUUCGAUUUUCUAUUCAAAAUUGUUAUAGUAGGUGAAUGUGGGACGGGAAAAACCUGUGUGGUUCAACGUUUUAAAAAUGGAACGUUUAUAGAAAGACACGGAAAUACCAUAGGCGUAGACUUUUCUAUGAAAACGGUAGUAGUAGAUAACAAAAAAGUGAAGCUUCAAAUUUGGGAUACAGCUGGACAAGAACGAUUCAGAACUAUAACUCAAAGUUAUUACCGUUCAGCUAACGGAGUUAUUAUUGUUUAUGAUAUUACAAAAAGAUCCUCUUUUUUAUCUGUAAACAAAUGGGUGGAAGAAGUGAAAAGGUAUUCUGGUAAUUCAGUACUUUUAGCAGUCGUUGGAAACAAAGCAGAUUUAGAAACUUUGAGAGAAGUCGAGUUUGAGGAAGCCGAAGGUAUCUGCCAGUAUAUGCCUGAUGUAUUAUUUGUAUUAGAAGCCAGUGCCAAAUCUAAUUCUAAUAUUGAAGAAGCUUUCAUGUAUCUUGCCACAGAAUUGAAGAGAAGACAUGAUAACGGAAUGUUGAUGCAAGACGAUGAUGAAGAUACUAUUAGAUUAGGGGAUACUAAGACAAUUACUAAAUGUAGCACAUGUACAAAAGGUUUGAUAUAAUUAUUUAUUUAUUUUAUUUACAUUUAUAAUGUAGUUUUUGGAUUUUAUUCAGGUGCCUUAAAAUGAACUGAAAUAUUUAUUAUUAUUUAUGUAUCACAGAUUUUGGUAUCUUCACAAUAAUGUUUUUAUUUUAACAAUUGAGGUGUAAUCAGUUUUAAAAAAAUGAAUACUUAUAUUUAUAUAUUUUUGGUAUCCUUGGUAAUUUUGCUAAAAAAAUAUCAGAUCCUGUUGGAAACCAUCUCCAAGUUAAUCCCUGAUAUGUACAAGGUUUUUAGGGUAGAAACCCAGUUGUGAAUGAAGGAAAUUAACUUUCAUAAACAUGUUGAUAUCCUGCACCUUCCCCUAGUGAGGGUGCAGUAAUAUCGAGGUCAUUCAGCCCUUUUAUCAUAUAUGAGAUUUCCUUUGGUCAAAACCGAAUUCGAGCAACUGAUUCCUUUGGAAUUUGGUUUAUGUAUUUUGACUUGGUUCUGAUGUUUGAUUGAUAUUGGGGGGCGAUUUGUGAUUGGAGGUGUCACAUCAAUAUCGAGGUCAUUCAGCCCUUUUCUUCAUAUAUGAGAUUCCCUUUGGUCGAAACUGAGCAUCUGAUUCCUUUGGAAUUUGGUUUAUGUAUUUUGAUUCGAUUUGGUUUUGAUGUUUCAUUAUAAUUUAUGGACAAAACAAAUUUCAAUAAUUUAGGUUAUGUCAACUAUUUCAAUGUUUUUAUUUUUUGAUUAUGACACAACAUUAUUUUUUAUAUAUUUUGAAAUUAAUUAUUUCUAAAAAGUAAAGAAAACGAAUAUAUAGAAUUUCAUAAUAAACUAUUCUGAAGAUCGUAUAACAUGGCCGUGACGAAUUUAAUCAUCUGUGACCAGUGUUGCCAAAUUUUUUUUCACUUUUCAAAUCUUCAAUAAAUUUCAAUUUCAAAUCCUUUAUGUAGAAGAAAAUUCGUCAAUUCCGGCAACACUAUCUGUUUUAUCCAAGGGUAUUAAAUAUUCUGUAGUUGCAUAUUGAUAAUAAAUUUGUUUAAAAUAUUUAAGUGCAAACUAAUUUUAUAUAAUUUUUUGAUAUUUUAAUUUCGUAUUUUUUUUGAUAUUAUAUCGGAAUAGGAUUUUAUAAAGCUUUUUUUAGAAUGUGAAUUGUAUCGUAGCUACACCACUGGAUGAAUUUAAAAUUAUAUUUUUAUUAGAUUCUUCCCUAGUUAUCGAAACUUAAAUUACUUCAUCUAGUUGAUAGGAAUUUCAACAAUUUGUUGUUAUAAUAGGUCAAGAUACAAUGUUGUCAAUUUACUAGUUUUUUCUAAACAGCGUAAUAGUUUUCUAAAAUCGACUUCAGACGAAUUUCAAUCUCAAUAACAACAAUGUUAGUAAUGAGUCACUAUUUAUCAUAUUCCCCUGUAGAUGUGCAAAAUGGACAGGUCCGGCUUGGGCCUAAAUGAUAACAACAUUAUAAUGGAAUAUUUUCAGAGUCGUAUUUAAUUAAACGGUAUAAAUAUAUUAAUCCAGUUGUGUAGUUCUAUAUAAUUGUGAAUUUUAGAUUUUACAAGGUGAAUUUUGUAUUUAGAAUAAAACACGAUACGCUUAAUUUUUAGCAAAUCUGUGAAGUAUUUUAAUCUAUAUACUCAUUUUAUAUAUGAUUACGAUAAAGAAAUACGUUAAUUUAUUAUUUAUAUUCAUUUAUUUUCGUAUAUGUAUCUAUAUAUAUAUAUAUUUACAAGGAGUACCUAAAAUUAAUUUAGUGAUGGUGAUAUUACAAUUUCAAUUUGAAAUCUCAUCAAACUUGAGAAGAUUUAUGAAAAUAUUUAUAAAACGAAUCCUCUCGAGUUUAUACAGGGUGAUAUUUUAGUUCUUAUACAAAUAAAAAAAUAAAUUAUACAUAUUUUAAUUUCUGUACAAAUAUUGUACUACGCUCUGUAUAUAUUUGUGUACUUUUUUUUUCUAUAACUUGAUAAUAUCGAUGAAUAAAAGUACUCGUAUUCGAUUUUAUUUUGAAAGAUAAUUAUUUUACGUUAUAAUACGGUUUUGAGGUUAGGUAUCGUUAGUAGGAAAAUUGUUAUGAAUUAUUGUUGAAAAAAUUGGGAAAAAAACUACGAAAUCGGACCAAAUAGACGUUUGUUUUAAAAUAUGUUUGAUACCAACGAUUUUAUGUCCAAAUUUUUGAAAUAAAAUAUAAAUAUUCUUAUGAAAAUUAAUAUUACGCAAAUUUCUUAAAUAUAUAUUUCCAAUAAACUCCGAAAUAUAAUGAAACUUGGUAACGUCGAAAAUAGUAAAAUCUCCCUUCAGUAAAUUUGGCAACGUCGAAUAUUAUUCAAUUCUCUGUUUGGUUCGUCGUUUUUAAUUUUUUAAAUAUUAGUUUCCAAUAAUCCCUGAAAUAAAUUUAAUUUUGGCGAAUCUAUUUCCGAUUGGUAUAUCGUUCAUAACAUUUCAAUAAUUCGUUUCCAAUAAUCUCCGAAACACAGUGACCUUUGUCAACGUCAGUUUAAUUUAUUGUCUAUUCCAUUCGAAACUUCAAUUUCCGAUAAUCUCCUAAACACUGUUAACCAUGGCAACGUCGAAUAUUGUAAAUUCUCUCUUUUAAUUGGUCGUUCAAAUAUUUGCUAUUCUUAUUUUACAAUAAUAUCCGAAAUACAAUAGAAUUUGGCAACGUCGAAAACUGUAAAUUCUUCCUUCAGUUUGCCGUUCAAAUAUUUGAAAUGUUAUUUUCCAUUAAUCUCCGAUAUAUAUUUAAAUUUGGCAACGUCGAAUAAUCAAUUUUCUAUUCGGUUAAUUGUUUAUUUUAUUUGAAAUUUCCAAUAAUACCAGACAUAAAAUGAAAUUUGACAACGUCGAAAACUGUAAAUUCUUCCUUCAUUUUGUCGUUCAAAUAUUUGAAAUGGUUAUUUUCCAAUAAUUUCCGAUUUAGAUUUAAAUUUGGCAACGUCGAAUAAUGUUUAAUUCUUCUAUCAAUUCAUCAAUUAUGACAUUUCGAUUAUUUAUUUCAAAUAAUCUCCGAAACACAGUAAACCUUGGCAACGUCGAAUAUUAUUAAAUUUUCCAUUCGAUUUAUUGUUUAUUUUAUUUGAAACUUUUAUUUCCAAUAAACUCCGAAAUAUAGUAAAACUUGGCAUCAUUAAAUAUUGUAUAUUCUUCCUUCAGUUGGUAUUGAGGAAGUAGUGUGAGUGUUGGCAACGUCGAAUAUUAUCAACUUUUCUUUUUUUUAUUAUAUUUGAAACUUUCCAAUAACUUCGGCAACAUUGUAUAUCAUUAUAACUUUUUUUACGAUUCAAAAUAACAUUACAAAAAUAGUUGACAUUUUCAUUUCCUAUAAUCUUUGAAAUAAAAUUAGCUCUGGCAACAUCGGAUAUCAUUAGAUUCCUCGUAUGGUUUAUCAUCAAAUCAUGACAAUUGUAAUCAAAACGAAACAAUUAAUUAUCUAAUGAUUAAUGCUACAGUUGCAGAUAUUAUAUUUUCUAUUUUAUUUAUUUAUUUUUUUUCAAUUCCUGCAAAUACUUAUCACAAUCCAUAAGUAGACAAUUACAACGUUGCCACGUUUUAAGAAUUUUUGUGUUCGAAAUGAAGUGAAAAUAAAUAUAUACAGAAUGUAUUCAGUCGAAACAAUUAUACGAAUAGUUAGAUCUAAUAAAUCGAUUUAAUAAUAUAUAUACAGGAUGUUUCUUAAUGCAAAAUUUAAUAUUAUGCAAAUGAGCUUGUAUAACACAAUAAAAAGCAAUACGCAAUUGGCCUUAGAAAAAUUUAAAUAAAUAUUAUUUACACUUGA